GGGAUCAUUCAGUCCCAAGACUUCUUGGGAAUAAAACUCAUUCAGUUCACAUGGAGUGCUGAGGGUGGUGGGCUGAGUGGGGGGAGAUGAGGUGCUGUUGGGAAGGGGAGAGAGCUGAGAUAUGAGGUGGGGGGUGGUUCUGGCACAUUGAAGGGACUGAGACACCAGAAAGAAAUAGAAGAUUACAGAUCCAACAAAGUCCCUGAAACGAAGUUUGAUCAAGAUUAUCAAAGACGGACAGACACCAGUGAGGAAUGAGCCAUGGCAACGAAAGGUUUAGGACUCGUAGCGCUGCUGGCGAUUGUGAGCGUGUCUUACGUGAACGCAGAGAAACCGCACACCUCCCCCUUCCGGUUCACCCACGACGUGUACGACACCACGAUCUACGAGAACUCCAGUCCCAAGACGUACGUGGAGAGCGGGGUGAAAAUGGGCAUCUGGACUAUGGAGCCCACCGGGAACGAGAAUAUCAAAUACCAAAUUGUGUCGCAAGACAGUGCCAGCAUAUUCAAAGCCGAGGAGCACUCAGUGGGUGAUUUCUGCUUCUUGCGCGUAAGGAUCAGGAAUUCCAACAUGCCGUCCCUGAACCGAGAGGUCAAGGACCAGUAUCUGCUGACGGUCCAGGCCUCCGACGGGACAAACCGCCACGAAGCGUGGACCAAAGUGGUGGUGCACGUCCUCGAUAUGAACGACUUGCGCCCGCUCUUUUCUCCGGUCUCCUACACCGCCUCCGUCGGGGAGGAUACGCCGCUCAGGUCCAGCGUGGCCAAGGUCACCGCGACCGACGCGGACAUUGGCAGCAACGGGGAGUUUUACUACGCCUUCAAACACAGGACCGACACCUUUGCCAUCCAUCCGACCAGCGGCGUGGUCACUCUGGCUGGGAGCUUGAAUCUCACCACCGCCAGGCAGCACAAGCUGGAGAUUUUGGCAGUGGAUCGUAUGAUGAAGCUUCACGGAGGACGUGGGGUGGGCAGCACGUCCAAACUGACCGUCAACGUGGAGCAGGGACGCCAGGAGUUGCCGGAGAUCUUAACGGUGCAUUCGGUCCCACCCGGGGAAAGUCCAAGUUCCACGCUCGCUCUCAUCAUGACCAAGGAAGGAGUGGAUCAGGUGGACAUUGUCGAUGGAGAUCCGGCUGAUUAUUUCAAAGUGGUACAAACGUACCCAGGUAGUAAGGAGUUCAAGCUAAUAUCAUUGAAAGAUACAAAUUGGGCCAGUAACAAUCUUGGCUACAACUUGUCCCUACAAGCUAGGGUUAAAAGCAACCCAACUGCAAACUCACCAGUAAAAGUCAUUCAUGUACCAGCCAACCAGCCCAAAACCUUAACAUUUGCACAAGAUCUUUACGAGGUCAGAUUGAGUGAGAUCGCACCACCUAACAGUCCUGUUGUCCUAGUCGUGGCUCGACCGAAACAUCCGAACGUGAGAUAUCAUCUGGAGUCCGGUCACGACGGUGGGAGAUUUAGAAUAAAUCCUCAAACUGGUCUGAUUACCACCGCUGGUGAGUUGAAUCUCCUGGAGCAGUCUCGCUUUGAGUUGAAAGUGAAGACCGAUGCUCAAUUCGGGCGGAUCUCGGCUAGAGUCGUUAUCGACCUUGUGGACGCCAACAAUCACGCUCCAGAGUUCCCAGUGUCCUUGUACCAGGGAAACGUCGACGAGAAUGUUCCGAUUGGAACGAGCAUCUUAACGGUCAAAGCGAUUGACAAAGAUCAAGGUGACAAUGGACAUGUGUCCUACAGCAUUGCCAAUGCAGGCUCGAUUCCCUUCAACAUUGAGCCUUUCACAGGAACCAUCAUCACGUCCAAGGAACUAGACUAUGAGCUCAUGCAGCGAGUGUACCAUCUGCAGGUUUGGGCUUCUGACUGGGGCUCACCAUUUGCCUACGAUUCAGAAGUGCCCGUCACAAUCUACUUGGAGAAUCUCAAUGACAACAACCCCAUGUUUGAGAACAACAAGUGCCGUGGGAAUAUCUCGAGAAGUCUCGGCGUUGGAGACUCGAUCACCACCGUGUCAGCCAUUGAUGCAGAUGAGCUCAAGGAGGUCAAAUACGAACUGCUGUCUGGCAACGAGAUGGAUUUUUUUCGACUGGAUCCAACCUCUGGGGUACUGGAACUAAAGCAACCCUUUCCUUACAGUCCUGUUGACGGGACAACAUCCUUCAACCUUAAACUCACAGCCAGAGAUGGGGAGAACUACGCCUCACCAAUCUACAUCAACCUCACGGUUAUUGACAGCCCCAAAAUGGUCAGCAUGUAUUGUGAAGACACCGGUGCCAUCAAAUCCUUAGCAGAGAGUUUGUUGCUAUCUGUGAAGCCACACAGUCAACCCCAGGAAGAGGAUUUGUUCUCUUACGCCCACAUCAUCAACGCUCACACUCCGCAGUUUGAUGCCGACUUUCCGACCUCCAUCAGCGUGAGAGAGAACGUGCCAGUGAACUCCACCGUCCUGUACAUAAACGUCACUGACCCGGACUCCGGCUUCAACGGCAAGUUGAUCUACGUCAUCUCGAGCGGCAACGAGGACAGCUGUUUCGUGGCAGAGAUGGAGACGGGACGGCUGAAAGUGGCGCUGCCCUUGGAUUACGAAACCACGCGACUUUACACUUUGAACGUGACGGUGUACGACUUGGGGAAGCCUCAGAAGUCUUCUUGGCGGCCGCUGGAAGUGCACGUUUUGGACUCGAACGAUAACAAGCCGGUCUUUGCCCAAGAUGGCUAUUGGGCAACGGUGCGCGAGGACGCAGUGCUGGGCACCAGCGUAGCCCAGCCGAAGGCGGAAGACCAGGACGAGGGAGGGAACGGACGAGUGAAAUACUCACUCCUCACCGACACCGACACCUUCGCAAUCGACGAGAUCUCGGGCACUGUGCUCGUCACCGGCAAAUUAGAUCGGGAGCUUUGCCCGGUCCAUUUCCUGAAAGUCGAAGCCAAAGAUCAGUCGGCGCAGGACGCCCAGCUGUCCUCAGUUGUCGAUCUGAUAGUAGCCUUGGAGGACGUCAACGAUAAUCCUCCUCGGUUCGUCCCGUACUACACGGCCAAAGUGCCCGAAGAUGUACCGGUCGGAACUGUCAUCGUCUGGCUUGAGGCUUACGACCCAGAUUUGGGUCUCGGAGGCCAAGUGAACUACAGCCUAAUGGAUAACAGCGACAGCACGUUCAGGGUUGAUAAAGUGACGGGCGCCGUGCGUGUCAACAAGCAGCUCGACUUUGAGCGUCGCGAUCUCUACAAUCUGACGGCUCGUGCCGUCGAUGGCGGAAAGCCCCAGUCUCUGAGCUCCAAGUGUUACGUGGCGAUCGAAGUGCUGGAUGUGAAUGAGAAUCUGCAUCCCCCCCGCUUCCCUUCCUUUGUGAUCCAGGGAUCGGUCAGUGAAGACGCUCCCGUGGGGACAUCAGUCGUCACACUGACUGCUCAGGAUGGCGACCCGGGGAAGGACGGGGAGAUUCGCUAUCUGAUUAAGGGAGGAUCUGGUCUCGGAGUCUUCUCCAUCAACGAAAAAACAGGAGUAAUGCAGACUACAAUGAUUCUUGACCGAGAAACAGUUCCUCACUACUGGCUGACAGUCCACGCUACAGAUUCAGGGCUCUUCCCUACAGUCGCCUCAACAGAGGUUUUCAUCAGUAUCACAGAUGUUAACGAUAAUCCUCCUCAGACCACAGAGCCAGUUUAUUACACGUCCAUCACAGAAAACUCCCCAAAGGGUCAGUCUGUUCUUCGCAUUGAAGCUCACGACCCUGAUUCCAGCUCAGAAGGUCAUCUGUCCUUCAGCAUCUCCAGUGAAAGCCCAAGAGGAUUCUUUGCUAUCGAUCCCAAGACAGGGCUGAUCACCACCACCUCACACAGAGUGGACCGGGAGAAGAGAGACGAACACAUCCUUGAGGUGACCGUUAAGGACAAUGGUGAUCCUCCAAGACAGUCCAGAACAAAGGUAAUGGUGGGGGUUGUCGAUGAGAAUGACAAUGCCCCGAGGUUCCCGGAGGUCCUGUACAAUGUCCGCCUGCCUGAACGCAACAGCGCCGCACAGCCUGAGGCCAUCUACAGAGUGAUCGCAUCCGACCGAGAUGUCGGUCCCAAUGGAGACAUCACCUACAGCAUUGAGGAUCCUCCAGAGGAAGGAAAAUUCUACAUCAAUCCAAAGUCCGCCAUGGUGUCAUCCACCAGGGCGUUCACAGCUGGCGACUACGACAUCCUAACAAUCCGUGCCUCCGACAAUGGGAAUCCCCAGAAAUCGACGACGGUCCGUCUGCACAUCGAGUGGAUUGAGACACCAGCACCAUCCACUGAGCCUCUCCUCUUCGAUGAACCUCACUUUACCUUCGCAGUGAUGGAGACAGAUCCCGUGAACCACAUGGUUGGUGUGACCAGCACGGAACUCACCAAAAGCCAGCUCUGGUUCGAUAUUAUCGGUGGAAACAACAAUGAGGAGUUUGAAAUAGAGAAAAACACAGGCUCCAUCACCAUCGCCAAACCACUGAACGCAAGCCUGAUGUCCAACUAUAACCUGACGGUCAAAGUCACAGAUGGAACAAAUGCGGUCACAACUCAGGCCUACAUCAAAGUGAUCGACAUCAAUGAUCAUCGGCCCCAGUUCUCAGCCAGAGAAUAUGAGGUCAGGAUCCCUGAAGACAUUGCGCCUCCCGCAGAGAUCCUGAGAGUCAAGGCCCACGAUAAAGAUGGCAGGAACAAGCUGAUCUACACCAUCCAGAGCAGCGUUGAUGAUGCCAGCCUGAAGCUGUUUCACCUGGAUCCCACCAGCGGAGCUCUCCUCACCACUGACUGGCUGGACUAUGAAUCGAUUCGCCUGCACACACUCACUGCUAUGGUUCGGGAUCAGGAAAUUCCAGUUAAACGCAACUUUGUACGGAUCAAUAUCAUUGUGGAGGACUCCAAUGACUACCCACCCAAGUUUAUUCAGCACAGCUACAAAGCAAGUGUGGCCGAAUCAACAGACAUCGGAUCUGAAGUCCUGCAAGUCAUCGCGACGGACAGUGACACAGGAGUCAACGCAGAGAUUGUGUACUCCAUCCAGUCAGGUAACAGUGGAAAUAUGUUCGCCAUUGACCCUGUUUCGGGCAAGAUAACAGUGACUAAGGAGAUGGACCAGGCAGUUAAAGGGACUUACAACCUGACAGUGAAAGCUGAGGACCGGGGUUUCCCUCAGCUCAGUACGGUGACCAGUGCCUACAUCGUCGUCCUGGUUUCCGACAACUCUCCACCCAGGUUUCUAAUGAGCGAAUAUUACGCGGAAAUCAGCGAGGCCAUCAGCACUGGGUCUUCUGUGGUCACGGUAACCGCCACCAGUCAGUCAGCUGUGACGUACGAAAUCAAGGACGGAAACACGGAUCAGGCCUUCCGCAUCAACCCGUACUCCGGUCUGGUAUCUGUUCACAAGGCUCUGGAUUUCGAGACCAUCGCGGCUUACAGACUGACGGUUCAAGGCGCGAACAUGGCCGGCCUGUCUUCCAGCCUAACGGUUUUCAUAGACGUGAUCGACGAGAACGACAACGCGCCGGUCUUCGUUCAGUCACGGUACGUCGGGAGAAUCAACGAGAAUUCCCCCGUCAACAGCGUGGUGUUGAGCAACGGACACACUCCUCUGGUCAUCGAAGCCCAGGACCGGGAUAGAGACGCCAACGCGCUGCUGGUCUAUCAGAUUGUUGAGCCCGAGGCGCAGAAGUACUUCACCAUUGACCCAAGCAUGGGGACCCUCAGCACAGCCUCCCCCAUCGAUCGAGAGACCCACCCCGUGUUUCACCUCACCGUGCAGGUGCGCGACAGCGGUCGGCCAAGACGCUACGCGACGGAGGUGGCGAAUGUCACCGUCAUGGUGACGGACGUCAACGACUGUCCUCCCAGGUUCGAGAAAGACGUUUACGAGACCACGCUGCUCGUGCCGGCUCAUGACGGCACCCGAGUGUUGACGGUCAAAGCGGAAGACGCCGACUCUCCCGGCUUCUCCAACGUCACGUACAGCAUCCUGGAAGGGAACGGCAAGGAUGCCUUCACCGUGGGCGCUGCCAGCGGACUCAUAUCCGUCAACGACGCUUCCAGGCUGGAAAGCCACCACGAACUGACAGUCAGAGCCACCGACGGGAUGUACAAAAGCUCGGCGGUGGUGAAAAUAAACACCGUCGAGUUGCCGGAGACCGGCCUGAGGUUUGCCCUGGGCUCACAGUCGCUCUCCGUCUCGGAAGACUCCAGGUCCAUGGAGACUUUAGGCGUGGUGAAAGCCUCCGGGAAUCAGCUGAACGAGCCCCUCUUUUACUCCGUGCUGAACCCGGAUGCCAAGUUCAAGGUGGUCCGCACCUCGGGCGCUUUUCAGACGACGGGAGUGCCUUGCGAUCGGGAGGAGGUGGCGGAGUUUGAAUUUGUGGUGGAGGCGAGAGACGCGCGGAGCCCACCCAGAGUUGCCCGUACUCUGGUGAAGGUCUCGGUGGAGGACGUCAACGACAACCCGCCGGUGUUUGUCAACUUGCCCUACGUGACCACGGUGCCAGAAGACGCCGAGCCCGGUGACGUGCUCUUCCAAGUGAGCGCCGUGGACAAAGACGCCGGGGACAAUGCGGUCAUCCAUUACAGCCUCGCCAACAGUUACAGGCACUUCUGGAUGGAUCCCUACCUCGGCGACAUUUCGCUCAGUGAGCAUUUGGGUCCUGACGCGCUCGAUAAGUACGUGCUGACGGUUACAGCUCAAGACAGAGGAUCACCUCCGCUUUUUGUCCAGACCGAAGUGGUCAUCACAGUGAGGGACAAAAGCACGCCCGUGUUCGAGAAGAUGUAUUACAGGGUGCGCGUGGCUGAGAACAUUUCCCCCUACACCCCGAUCCUCCACGUUCACGCCAUCAGUCCGUCAGGAUUCCGCGUGAUUUAUAACAUUGUCACUGAAAAUGCCCUCAGGCUGUUUGCCAUCGAGUUCAAGGCCGGCGUUUUGAGCGUCGUCGACGCGCUGGAUUACGAGAGCCAGACCCAACACGUGGUGACGGUGAGGGCCACGGAUUCCAUGACCGGAUCCUCGGCGGAAGCGGUGGUUGAGAUCGAAGUCCAAGACGUGAACGACAACCCUCCCAUUUUUACAGCACGGGCGUACGGGGCAGUGCUGUCCGAAGCUUCGAUCGUCGGCACCUCCGUGGCACAAGUCAAAGCCACCGACGCGGAUUCCGGGCGGAACAAAGCCAUCAGUUAUCAGUUCGUGGCCAACGAGUACAGCAGAUUGGAGUACUUCUACAUCGACUCCAACAGCGGUCUGGUCACAACAGCACGAGCUCUCGACCACGAGAAGAUCCAACAUUAUGCUCUCGUGGUCAGGGCUGUGGACAACGGCAUUCCUCCAUUGAGCAGUGACGUCCUGUUGAAUGUCAACGUCUCAGACUUCAACGACAACCCGCCCAUGUUUCAGCAGGACCAGUACGCGACCACCAUAAGCGAGGUGGCCACAUGCGGGCACUUUGUCAUACGGGUUCAGGCGAGUGACGCCGACAGUAUGGACAUCAAUAACCUGGAGUACGUCAUCCUGGAGGGGAACGAGCAGAGGCACUUCACCAUCGGGACGAAAUCCGGGAUCAUUUCCGUGUCGAACUCCUGCAAGAAAAUCCUGAGGUCGAACUACCACCUGAACGUGUCGGUCUCUGACCGCGUGUACAGGCGAUCGAUUCCCGUCCGGAUCAAUACCUCCCAGACCAACAAGUACGCCCCCGUGUUCGAUCAGAGCGUGUACGAGGUCGAACUCCCGGAGAACGCCGAGGUGGGCACUCAUGUGAUUGAGCUCCUGGCCGUGGACCCGGACGCAGGUCCCUACGGCAGCAUAGACUACACAAUCAUUAACAAGUUGGCCAGAGAAAAGUUUAGCAUCGACGGGAAGGGACGCAUUUUGACGUCUCAGAAGCUGGACCGGGAGAAUUCGACGGAGAGGGUCAUCGCCAUCAAGGUGAUGGCAAAGGACAGGGGAGGCAAAGUGGAUUUCUGCACCGUGAACAUCAUCCUGACGGACAAGAACGACAACGCACCUCAGUUCCAAGCCGCCGAGUACAACAUCCACAUCCCCGCCAACACUUUCAAGGGAGCCCCGGUGAUCCAGAUAGUGGCCAUCGACGCCGACGAGGGGAUCAAUGCGGACGUCGUGUACUCAGUGGCCUCCAGCGAGGCCAACGCCGAGGAAAUCUUGGACAUCAACCCUGUUACCGGCUUCAUCACCAUUAAGGAGAGUCUGGUCGGGCUGGAGAACAGUUCGUUUACUUAUCACGUCAAAGCCCAGGACGGAGGCUUCCCUCAGCGGGAUUCCUGCGUCCCUGUGCGGGUCAAGGUCAUCCCUCCUGAGCUCUCCAUCCCACGUUUCUCUGAGCCGCUCUACUCCUUCUCAGCCUCUGAGGAUCUCCCGACCGGCUCGGAAAUCGGAGUGAUUAAGGCCGAGGCUGAUCAGCCGGUUAUCUACAGUCUGGUGAGGGGCAACACAGCCGAGAGCAACAAGGGAGGAGUCUUUGCCCUGGACCAGAAGACGGGCACCUUAAAGAUCGAGAGGAGCAUCGACCACGAGAAGACCAAAUGGUACCAGAUCGAUGUCAUCGCCACCUGUUCCUACAAGGAGGUUGAAGUGGCCUCUUCUGUGUCCAUCAAUAUCCAGGUCAAAGACGUCAACGAUAACCAUCCGGUUUUCGAGGCCAAUCCUUACAAAGCUUUCAUUCCGGAGAACCUGCCGGCGGGAACCACGGUUAUCCAGGUGACAGCCAACGACCAGGACACCGGGACCAACGGGCACGUAAGCUACCGGCUGUCCAACGAGUUCGAUCACGUGACGGACAUUUUCGCCAUCGAUGGAGAGCGAGGCUGGCUCACCACCCUGAGGGAGCUGGACUGCGAGGCAAAGGCUUUCUACAAGGUUGCCGUGGUGGCGGUCGAUCAUGGAGGGAGGGUCCAAUUGUCCUCGACGGCCGUGGUGGAGGUGGAAGUCAGCGACGAAAACGACAACCCCCCACAGUUCACGUCGGGCGUCUACAGAGGGACGGUCAGCGAGGACAGCGAGCCUGGGGAGACGGUGGCCUUUCUCACUAUGACGGAUGCUGAUAUGACAGACCCCAAUAGAUACGUCACCUGCUACAUUACAGGUGGAGAUCCUCUUGGGCAGUUCUCCAUUGACCAAGUUCCAAACCAGUGGAGAGUUUAUGUCAGUGAAGCCCUGGACCGAGAGGAGAAAGAGAAAUACAUUUUAAACAUCACGGCCACCGAUGGCAAGUUUCUGGCUGAAUCUGUAGUUGAGGUUUUCAUCCUUGAUGUUAACGAUAACAGCCCUCAGUGCCAACAGCUGACAUACACCGAGGCCAUCUCGGAGGGGGCGCCUUCGGGACAGUUUAUUGUGAAGGUUUCUGCAAAGGACUCAGACGCGGGCAUCAACGCUCAGAUCUCUUACACUCUGCUCGGGCCCGCCACAGGCGAGUUCAGGCUCGACCCACAGACAGGGGAACUGACCACAUUUGCCCCUUUGGACCGGGAGAGCCAGGCUGUGUACAAUCUGGUGGCUAAAGCAUCCGAUGGGAGUGGACAGUAUUGCGAGAUGGACAUUGUUCUCGUGCUGGAGGACAUCAAUGACAACCCGCCCAAAUUCUCGGCCCCUCAAUACUCAGUCUCCAUCUUUGAUAACACGACGAUUAAGACUCCAGUGGCUGUUGUUCAUGCCAGGGAUCCAGAUGUUGGUCUCAAUUCAGAACUCACCUAUUCCUUAGCAGACUCCGCCAAUGGUUUUUUCUCCAUCGACGAGCACUCUGGGGUUGUCUAUCUGGCAAAGGCUUUGCACGAUGAGCGGCAGGCAAACUUUGACCUGUUGGUGCGGGCCACGGAUCAAGGUUCCCCCCGGAGACUCUCCUCGUUGGUUCACUUGUUUGUCUCGGUCGUGGAUAUUGACAAGUUCGUCCCCGUGUUCCGGAAAAGGGAGUACGUUGCCACAGUUCCUGAGAGUGUGAGCAGCGGUUAUCAGAUACUGAGUGUGUCAGCACUGACAAAGGACAGGACCGACACAGCACAGAUCCUCUACUCUAUCUCGAAUGGCAACGAGCACAACAAGUUCUACAUAGAUCCCAAAACAGGAACUGUGUACCUGAAUGGGACCUUGGACUUUGAGACCUGUCGCGAGUACUAUCUGUCGGUGGAAGGGACCAGAGAAGGGAAGCCCUCGUUCAGUGACAGUACCACAGUGAUCAUCAAUGUUACAGACGUCAAUGAUAACCCACCUCGCUUCAGCCACCGCCUUUACAACGUGGAAAUCAGCGAAGACGCUACACUGGGAGCAUCGGUGAUAACAUUGAUGGCUGAUGACCGAGAUGGACCUCAGAACAACCUGAUACAUUAUUCAUUAGUCAAAGGCGACACAAGGCAGCAGUUCAGCUUGAACUCAAGGACUGGGGAGAUUUCGGUUUCACAACGUCUCGACCGAGAGAAGAUAUCCAGUUACUCGGUGACAGUCCGAGCGACUGACAACGGUGCUUUUCCUCUAUAUAGUGACACGGUUGUGAACAUCAAUGUUUCCGAUGUAAACGACAAUCCGCCAAUGUUCUUUCAGUUCAACUACAGUGUGGCUAUUCAGGAGAAUGAACCGAUUGGGCGCAGUGUGUUGCAGCUGUUGGUGUUCGACCGAGACUCUGCCUCCAAUGGGGCUCCUUUCCUGUUCACCAUCGCUGCCGGUAAUGAGGGGAACAACUUUCAAAUAGACCAUCAGGGCCUCCUGAAAACCUCCGCACGCCUUCGGCAGCAAACGAGAGAUCACUAUGUCCUGCAGAUCCAGGUGAUGGACAGUGGCUGGCCACCUCUCUCCUCCUCCUCCUUUGUCAGGAUCCAGGUGAUCGAGGAGAGCAGACACCCUCCCUCCGUCCUCUCCCUGAAGAUCUACAUCGUCACCUCCCGCGGCAACUUCCCCGGAGGUUUCAUCGGGAAAAUCCACGCCACGGACCGGGACCUCCACGACACGCUGACCUACAGCGCCGCACCCGGCUUCCUGGAAGGGGGGCUGUUUUCAGUUGGGAGCGCGGAUGGCGCAAUUCUGGCUCGGAGCGCGUUGGGAGCCGGGCGCUACCCUUUCAACGUGAGCGUGAGCGACCGCAGGUUCACCACCACUGCGGCUGCCGAGGUCCUCGUGGCCCGCGUGACUCAAGACGCCCUGGACCAUUGCGUGCUCCUGGAGAUCAGGCAGCUCACCCCGGAGAACUUCAUCAGCCAGCAUUGGCGUGGCUUCCAACGCUAUCUGAGCAACCUGCUAGCCGUGGACAGGAGCGACGUCGAGAUGGUCAGCCUCCAGCCCGUGCGAGGCUCUUCCAACCUCAACGUGCUCCUGGCGGUAAAAGAGUCGGAGAGGGCCUUUUAUCAGCCCGACCUGCUGCAGGCAAAGAUCUCCGGCUCGGCGGAUGGGCUGGAAAGGACGGAUGAUCUCCGGAUCGAGAGGGUAUCUCACCGGUGCUCCCACCACAACUGCUCGGCCAGACAGUGCCAAGCCAGGUUCCAACUGGACACAGCAGACAUGUUCACCUACACCACGCCCACCAUCAGCUUCAUCCUCCCCCGCCAUCGCCACAGUCAGGGCUGCCCGUGUGAUGGCACUGCCCAGAGGUUCACUGGCCGGAGCUACACCAAGUAUCAAUACCUGAACGAGGAGAAUCCCACGGACUCCACGUUCCGAUUCCGAAUGCAAACACGGCAGUCGGAGGCUUUGCUGAUGUUCACCAAUGGGACUGACUCCAGUCUCCUGGAGAUUUCCAAUGGGAGCCUGGUACUCGCGUACAGGUGCGGUGCCAGCAGCCAGACCUUGUUGUUGAAGAGCAUCCAGGUCAACGACGGAGCCUGGCACUCCGUCCUGGUGGAGGUGAAGGGGAGGUCUGCCAAGCUGGUGGUGGACACGACGCACAAGUCCUUCGCCACGCUGCACGAGUCGUGCCACAUCAAUGGAGCCGUGUUCUUCGGCGAUAGAGUUCAGGAGGGCAGCGAUGGUCUCAGCCAGACCCGGCCCCGGCCCCAGUCGGCCGGCGGGGGCUACAGGGGUUGCCUCGACCGCAUCGAAUUCCACAGCGACGACGUCUCAGCCGGAGAGAUUCCUAUUGUGGUUCGGGUGGUGGUCGACGAGUCGGUCAGAGUCCAGCCGUGCUGCCCCAAUAUAGGAGACUGCGCCAGCGCCACGUGUCAGAAUGGAGGAUCGUGUAUUGAGAUUUCACCGGGAGGUUAUUUUUGCGAGUGUGCGGAGAGCUUUACUGGCGCUCACUGUGAGCUGAGACCAGAUGCCUGUACCUCCCAGCCCUGUGUCAACGGUGGAACCUGCAUCCCACAGAGGACCAGCGACAACUGUAACUGUACAAAGGAUCCCCGGUGUGAAGAGAACCCGAGCCAAUGCAUAGAGAGGACCUGCCUGGAUAACAUCAACUGCAAGAACCCCCAACACUCAUUCAACUGCAGUUGCAUGCCCGGCUUCACGGGGACACUGUGCGAUCACAGUUUAGAGGGGCUGUUGCAGAGCACCCCACUGGUGAUCAGCUCCCAGGAGAUUAUAGAGAUCAUCAUGGCCGUGGUGGGCAUCUGUGUCCUGGUGGGCAUCUUUGUUGCCUUCCGCAAGCUGAGUUGCAAGCGGAAGGAGCGCCUGAAGGCCAAAGAUGGCAACAAGCUGUCCAAGGGGCACCCGGAGAGUAACGGGUACUGCGAUGCCCACAUCCCGCUCAACAUCCUGAGGGAUUACGACCUGGACAGGGAGUCGUACGACGGAAGGGAAGCACAGACCGGCCAAGACAUGAGCACCUUCAUCUCAACCAAGCAGAGAGAGAGAGCCACUGUCGUGUGCAGCGUGGCUCCCAAUCUGCCGCCUCCACCCCCGUCCAGCUCCGACAACGAGUCCAUCCCCAAGAGGCUCUGGGAAUACGAAUAUGAGGCGUACAGCGGUGAGGCAGUGACAUGGCCGCCUGAGUCACCGAGGAGAGUGGAGUUGGGCUGUUACGAGGUGAUGGAGGAGGAGCUGGGGCGGCCAGUGAACAACGAGGUGGAGGUUUACGAUGGUUUCCCCUUCCCCCUGGACCACCAGCAAACCCCCCGCAGCAAACGAGCCCCGCUCCCCCCGCACUACAGCGACCAGGCUCUGGCGGGCUUCGCUGACGAGGAGCCGGGGGCUUUGCUGCCCUCCCACUGCCAGAACGAAUACACGGCCAUCAGCUACUACCCGGCGGAGCUGCUCGAAGCCCACCUGCCUGGGGGUCCCGUGCCCCCCGGGUACAGAAAGGUCCACGUGCGUCUGAGCGUGGCUCAGCCGUCCUACGCCGAGUGCGGACCCAGACACUCGCCUCCUCUCGUCUUCCCCAACUGCUACGCGGACUCCGACCUGAUGGAGAGCGACUACGGGAGCUGUGAAGAGGUCAUGUUUUAACUGAAGGGGGAGCGGUUUGUUUGUUGCCCCCUCACCUCUCCUGACUCACUCACUCGCUCUCUCUCUCUUUCCGUGUGACUCCGAUGCCACCUUGCCCACGCUGGUGCCCACUGCAGUGCCAACAUCACACCCACGUUCCCAACUCCAGCUACUGUUGGACAGAACGAUUUUUUUUCUUUCGCACCAAUCUGGGGCAAGAGACUUUUUGAUUUACACAAACACACACGGACACACUUUUUCCCCAGACAGUUAAUCGCCCUCCAACAACGGGAGUCAGGAAAAGUUGGCAAGUCAGUGGGAAUGGGCUGGUGAUACGGAUUCCUCAGUAGGUGCGAGGGAAUCUCAAGGAGACCUGGUAUCCGAUCAGCCGUUGGGUGAGACGCCGGGAAAAAGGAAUUAUAUACAAGACUGUUGGCGUUUUGACAAUGUAACAAUGCAAUCGCGCAAACUCUAGUUACAGAGAUACAAUAUCUCAUCCCCUCGUUGGGACGGUUGGGAGAUGGACAAGAAUGUAAUCAAGCAAAACUGCCAUCCGAGCCCGUGGGAUAUUUCCAACCACUCGCUGGUUGCAAUGCGUCCGCGUCCGUACGUUUUUCUCUGAUACGGGCCGGGGUCAAA